AUGAACCCCUCCCUCGACUCAGACAAGUUCGACGUUGUUGUCUUGGGCACCGGCCUCGCUCAAAGCAUUGCCGCGGCUGCUCUUGCAAAGGCUGGCAAGUCUGUGCUCCAUCUCGACCCCAACGAGUACUACGGUGGGGAGCAGGCGAGCCUCACGCUUGACGAGCUAGAGGCUUGGGCGACUGAGCGCUCAUCCUCCUCUGCCCCCGCCACCUCGAUCUCAACGUAUGCCGCGUCGCAGCGCGUCGCCUACUCCUCAGCGUCAACCACACCACUCUCCCCUACCCUUCAAGCAGACAGGAGGCGAUAUGCGCUCUCCCUCUUCCCGAGCCUUAUGCCAUCGCGCGGCACUCUCAUUGACACGCUCAUCUCCUCUGACGUGUCCAAGUACGUCGAGUUCAAAUUGUUAAACGGGGUGCACAUCUCCUCGUCGCCCUCUGGCUUCCAGCGCGUGCCGGGCUCCAAAGAAGACGUGUUCAAAGACAAGAGCAUAUCCCUGCCCGAGAAGCGCAAGCUCAUGAAAGCACUCAUGUUUGCUGGUGGCGAGUUUGAAGCUGACCCUCUCCUCUCUGGCAGGGAGGCGGAGCCGUUCCUCACCUUCCUCAAAAGCGCGUUUGGAUUGAGUGAUAAAUUGGCACAGGCCCUGGCCUACGCCCUCGCCUUCGCGGGCGAGACCGAGCCCACGCUCCCCUCGCUGCGGAGGGCGAGGCGAUACCUCCGCUCCAUGGGGCGGUACGGGCCCAGCCCAUUCCUCGUGGGACAAUACGGCGGCGCCGGCGAGGUCGCGCAAGGCUUUUGCCGCGCGUGCGCAGUCUUCGGCGGGACAUACAUUCUCGGACCCGAGGGCGCGCCGUCCAUCGAAAUCGGGGAGGAAGUGACGCUCCGCAUUGGCGCGCACCCGUCCCCCAUCACAGCGAAGCACUUGCUCGCGCCGCCCGGCUUCCUCGAGGCCCCGGCGGUGGUGCGCACGAGCGCACACCUCAUCGCGAUCGUAACUUCGCUGCCGCCUGUGCUUGGACAGCCGGAGGAGGAGCUGGACGACGACACGGCCGUGCUCGUAUUCCCGCCGGACGAGGGGCCGCUCGUGCGCGCCCUCGUCAUGGGCGAGGGCACGGGCUCGUGCCCCCGCGGCCAGUGGGUCGUGUACCUCUCCGCGGACGCCGACGCGUCGGCGGAUCCGAAGGCGCUUCUCGAGCCGUACUUGGCCCGCAUCGCGGCAGAUGUGGCUUUCAGCGGGGAAGAAGGCGCCGCGGAAGGCGCCGUGUCUGACCCGGCUCCCUCUGGGCCGGUAGUGAUGCUGCGCCCGUAUGCGGGCGCUCACACGCUUACCGAGGGGCUGGAUUACGAAGCGCGCGAGGCCGCGCGUGCGUUCCGUGCCAUUUGCACAGAGGCGUUCUUUCCGGCCGCCGAAGAGGAGGAGGAUGAGGACGAGUAG